AAAUGUUAUGUACUUACAUCCCUAUUAUUAGCAUUUGCGAAAUUUCCGGCUAAAACUGCAAUAUCAAAUCCUAAUAAAACGAAUACUAAUUCACUUUAUAUAGCAAGUUACACAAUUUUCAUAAUCGCUCCGUAACUGCUGCUGAACGGAAAUCCUCCCACCUUCCCCACCCUUUGCACCGUCGGUGAGCCACGACCGAUAGCAACUUUUUUUUGCUGUGGAGCAGUGCCAAGAUGUCGAAAAAUAAACUAAAUUUAGUGCUGCCACCGGUAAACGUGGAUGCAACUGUUGCUGCCGCACAGGUGGCACCAACGCCACCAUUUAAAACAGCAUCGGGAACAGAUACAAAUAGUUUGCUGGGAAAACCAAAAACAAGCAUCGAUGCAUUAACGGAAACAUUGGAGGGCCUCGAUAUGGACGACACGGAACGAAAACGAAUCAAAGUGUUCCUCAGCCAAAAGGAAAAGAUUGGCGAACUCUCCGAGGAGGAUCUGGAAAAGUUGGGCGAACUCGGCUCCGGCAACGGCGGCGUUGUCAUGAAAGUGCGGCACACCCUCACACAUUUGAUAAUGGCAAGGAAAUUGAUACAUCUGGAGGUAAAACCGGCGAUUAAAAAACAAAUACUGCGCGAACUGAAAGUCCUUCACGAAUGCAAUUUUCCACACAUUGUUGGCUUCUAUGGAGCCUUCUACAGCGAUGGCGAGAUUAGCAUUUGCAUGGAAUAUAUGGAUGGCGGCUCUCUUGAUCUCAUAUUGAAACGUGCCGGCCGCAUACCUGAAUCAAUACUUGGGCGCAUCACGUUGGCGGUGCUGAAGGGACUCAGCUAUCUGCGGGACAAGCAUGCGAUCAUCCAUCGGGAUGUUAAGCCAAGCAACAUACUCGUCAACAGCAGCGGCGAGAUCAAAAUCUGUGAUUUCGGCGUCUCGGGUCAGCUAAUCGAUUCGAUGGCCAACUCAUUCGUCGGCACGCGCAGUUAUAUGUCGCCUGAACGACUUCAGGGCACGCAUUAUUCGGUUCAGUCGGACAUUUGGUCGCUUGGCCUUUCGCUGGUUGAGAUGGCAAUCGGCAUGUAUCCAAUACCACCGCCGGACAGCUCCACGCUGGAGACUAUAUUCGCAGAUAAUGCCGACGAUGGCAAUCCAACGGUGCUGGAGCCAAAAGUAAUGGCAAUAUUUGAGCUUCUCGAUUAUAUUGUUAACGAACCGCCUCCUAAGCUGGAGCACAAAAUAUUCUCCAGCGAGUUCAAGGACUUUGUCGACAUUUGCCUCAAAAAGCAGCCGGAUGAGCGGGCCGAUCUCAAGACGUUGCUGAGCCAUCCAUGGAUACGUAAAGCGGAGGUGGAGGAUGUUGAUAUAUCGGGCUGGGUGUGCAAGACAAUGGACUUGCCGCCAUCGACGCCGAAACGCAAUACAUCGCCCAACUAAUUAGCAUUCCUUUAUUUCACGAGCACACACACGCACUUAUCGCAUACAUACACGUUAUUUAUUUGUAUGUUAUAUAUGUAUGUAUGUAAUUGUUGUAUCAACUUGCUUCCCACUCUGUCGCUCCACAACUUUCUUACACCAUGUGUGGGUGCGUGCGUGCCUUAACACUCACAUUCUGGCCUUAACACUCACUCACAUGCAGACACAAUGAAAGAAAGAAGAGUGGAAUACUGAAAACUGAAUAAUGAUCGAUACAUAGAAAUUAAAAAAGUUCAAAUAAUCGUACUCAAAAUUAACAAUUUUUUACCUCACCUUACCAAAUUACUGGGCAAGCCUGGAGUUUUAAGUGAGUUUUAUCCGAGCAACGGGUAAAGCCUAACUCUAAAUCAUUCGUUGACUUGCUAGCCUUGUAGCAUUACAAAAUUUUCUGGCUUAUCUGAAAAAAGUCUUUUUCGUACACAUAAAGAAAAUAUAAUUUUUCGUUUGUUUUUAUUUUCAAAAAUGUCGAACUCUCUUAAGGUAUUUCGUUUGGGACAUAGUUUAUUUGUCAAUUGCCGCAUCGCCAAAUUCCAACGUCCCAUUUCGAUAAGCGCAUAUCAAUUUCAAAAUUUGAAAGGUGAAGCCUUUAAGAAGCCAUUACCAGUUGAGGAGAAGCAGGCAGAAGCGACGCCAAUCGGUUUAACCCCAACGCAGCGUAGUUUGGUUGAGUUUGUAACAGGCGAAAUACUGGAGGAGCGCCGUGUCCAAUUGCAACUGGAGCCGCCAUAUAUGAUUGAUAAUUUCACCGGUCAUUUUUCUGGCUCAAAAGUGGAAUUAAUCAGAGAAUCGCCCCAGGAACGCAUUAAUAUAUUCUUUAAUGUUAGCAAAAGUGUACCUCGUCGCAAUGAUGAAACUGGAGAUCUGACUCCAGUGCGUAGUGUGCCCAAAUUUGAAGUGCUAAUCAGAAGAAAUGAUCUGCUGCUCUCCAUUUUUUGUGUAUUUAAGCCAUGCGCCUUUGAAGACGUGGAACCAGAGUCGUUAGAUCA